AUGCGGUGCGCUGCCGAAGCAGUCAGGAAGGCGGUUGCACGCUUGCGUGUAGCCGAAGAGAGUACUUCUCUUGCUUCAUCAUCAGGUGAUCCUUCACCUGCUGCUGCAAUUCAGCAACAGGCGGUGGCUGUUACACCACGUGCGACAGAGACAUCCGCUGCGUCUGCAGCGUGUUCUGCGACUCGCAAUGCAGAUCAGCCUGAAUUAGAGCUCAUCUAUUCUGGCGAGUCGGAUGAUGCAUCCGACUCGAAGGCGACGCCUCCUGCUCCGGAAGAUCCGGGGCGGACACUGCAAGAUCCAGGUGGACUGGCUCUGGGCAACGUGGCAGCAUCACGUCCGAGAUCUUCGGACCGAGAGUUUCGUCUGACGAGUUCUCGUCUCGCGCAAGUCCAUCCGACGAUAGGACGCGUAGCGAUUGUGGUGAAGCACGUAAACGUCACCACGAUGGAGCAACUCGAGAAAUCAGUUGCCACUGGUGUCAGUGAUCGUGUUUACACCACUCAAGAGGCCAGGGACCGCAAUAUCAAAUGA